AUGGAUGUUAAACAAAUGCAUCUUGGAAAUAAUAAAUCAAUGUUAAAUUAUAGUUCAAUAAAACGCUUGAUUCAUUUUGUUCAUAAUCUGGAAGAAAAAUUAUCAUCUGUUAAGACGAUUCAUGAAAAACUACAUGAGCUAAUGUCUGUUGUAUCCAAAACACAUGAUAAUAUUGUCGAAGAAUUAUCAACAAUUAAAACAGUUCUGAAUGAUUUCACAACUGAACAAAAACAAGACGACGAUGAGAUCAUUCCCAUUGAUGCAUCAAAAUCUGAAUGGGAUGACGACGAUGAUGAUGAUGACGAUGAUAACACUAUUCAUAAUAAUCAUACUAGUACGAAUAAUAAUAACACUGAACAAAUUCAGAGAGCAAUGUCAAUCAAAGAAUUCGAAUCGAAAUCUGUCACUAAUCUAAGUACCAAAGAUCAACAGAUAAUCAGUCCAUCAAGUCGUCGAACUGAUCGUUUGUCGCUAUAUUCGGCAUCAUCAUUUGGCUCAUCAUCGUCAACAAAUUCUUCAACCAUUGAAAAUCGUCCAAGUUCGUCGACAAGUAAACGUUCGUCGAGUUUAAAAAAAUCCGAUCAAUCAUCAACAAGAGUAAAAUCACCAAAAUCAGUUACGUUUAGUUUUGAUGAUAAUAGAGAUUCACAUGUAUCAGCUAAUCCAAGUCAACAAUCAAAUCGUGAACCGAUUGAAACACCAUUAACGGAACUUAAUGAUUCGAGCGUACAAAUGACAACAUCAAUGAAUUCGAAUGAAACUUUAAAAUUAAAUUCUGAUCUUAUGCCAGACUUAUUUAAACAACAUCAUAACGAAGUAACAAAUCAACUAGAUAUUGGUUUUAAAAUGGGAAAUGCAUUAACCAAUGUUCGUAUUCAUGAAAUUGAAUCAACAAAUGGAGAUUAUCUUCGAUUGCUUAAUAUUUCUAAUUCAGAUGAUUAUGAUUUGAGCGGACAUUUUCUACAACAAAAUAUCGCUUGUGUACCCGUUUGUCGUUUUCGUUUUCCUCAAAAUACAGUUAUUCGAGCUGGACAAACCGUUACGAUUUGGUGUGGAACCUUCAAAGAAAUCGAACCUCAAUUUCCACAUGUAUUUGUAUGGAAAGAAAAAAAACGAUGGGAAACUGGCCCUGAAUGUGUCACAAUUCUAGCAAAACCAAAUGGGCAGGCAAUUGCAUGGGCAAGAAGUUCGUAUAGAUUGAAUAGUGAUCAAUCUUCAAGUGAUAUUUUAUUUGUGCAUUCAAAAACAAAUAGUUGCACGUUUGAUGAACCUAGUGUUAUACCGAAUACUCUCAAAAGUCCAUCUCGUCUUUUAGCGUAUCAUUUUGUUGGAAGUAAUAAACCACCAUUUGCUCAAUCACCAGACAAUCCUGCGCAUCCUUAUCAUAGUGGUGCUGUUUCAAAUCUACAGAUUGAACCUCGUUUACAAAUGAAUCCAAGAGGUGGCAUUUCUCAAUUAUUGAAUCGACCGAAAUCUACUCCAUUUGCAAGUCAUACAGGUUGUAAACAAGAUUUAAUAAGUAUGAAAUUUUUACGACCCCAACAAACACCACCACGACAUAAACGAACCACUGUUAAAACAUGA